UCACUGUAGUACUUGACGUUAUCGAGGAUCGUACUUUGGAACUGCUAUUGCUCAACAUGGACUCUAUGGAAUCGCCCCCUUUUAACGAAGAGCCCUCUGCUCUUCAAUUAUCGGGGACAUGCAGGAGGGAUUCCUGCUCUGUACCAUCAUCGAUUUGCGUGCUGAUCUGCAGAACGCGAACCUCGAAGUGCAGGAACUUCCGAGGCGAUAAGAAAAAGAGGUUUGGAUGUGUAGAAAGAGGCUUGGCAGGUACGGCGUGCGAUCCCCACAUCUCAUGAUACCGACGAUGUGAACGAAGUAUGGUACACCAGUACCGUUGUCUUCGUUCGUUCAGAUUCGUAAACUUGCGUAUGGCUGAGCACGAUGACUUCACUCGCAUCCUCCAACUGAGUGAGCAGGCGGCGCUGAGUUCCAGCACGCGACCUCUCCUCCUGGACAUUGGCUGCUGCCUCGGUAUGGACCUCCGAUAUCUUCCUUACGUUGGCUAUCCAGCCCUGUGUCUACUCGGAUGCGACCUCCGCCCCGAGUUCAUUGACCUUGGGUACAGGUUUUACGGCGACCGUGGCUUCAGCAAGAUCCACUUCUUUUCCGACGACAUUCUCCAGCUCAGAAUUCCAGCCUCGACUGAUACGAUCAAUGAUUCCUCGCUGCUGAAGGAAGUAAACGACUUGAAUCAACUCUGCGGUCGUGUCAAGUACAUUUAUUGAUGGGGUGUAGGAAAGGUUUGCGAAACGCAUAGCAUCCCUCGUAGAUGUGAGAAAGGAAACAGGUCGGGCUGUGAUUUUUGGGCGACAAUUGGGGAGGGGCCAGGAGGGGCCACUUACAGAGAAUAGGUGGGCUUCAUGCACAGACAAAGCCCGCGUUACGUCCACUCUCCGACGAGUUGGGAGCACAUGUGGGGGCGUGUCUUUGACGAAGGCACCAUCACUGAAGUUAUUGCUACAUUGCGCCCAUCAGAAGAUCCCAACCUUUAUUGGUUUGUUUGGAUUGGGGAAACGUUCUUGUCCG